AUAGACAUACACAUACAACAACCUUAAUUUUUUGGCAUAUAUUGACAAAAAUUGCUAACAAAGCAUGUAAUAAGUUCCCACACAGCAUCUCCAUUUUUUUUCUUAUAAAUAAAUAAAUUUCUCCUCUUUUUGGUACCAACCAAACUCUCCAAGAUUCUAUUCUAACAGAAAAAAGGGCCAAUUAAUUUCUCAAAUUUUAAACACACACACACACACACACCAAAAAAAAUGUCUAAGAAAUUAGAACAAAGUUGCAGCAGACAACAAAGAUGGUCUCUCCAUGGCAUGACAGCUCUAGUCACUGGUGGCACAAAAGGAAUUGGGUACGCCAUAGUCGAGGAGCUUGCCGGUUUUGGCGCGAACAUUUACACGUGCUCGAGAAACAAAAUCGAGCUCGACGAAAGGCUUAAAGAAUGGGAAGACAAAGGGUUUAAGGUCAAAGGUUUUGUUUGUGAUUUGACUUCAAGAACACAAAGAGAGGAUCUUAUGAGAAAUGUUUCUAUAGCUUUUGAUGGCAAGCUCAAUAUUUUGGUAAACAACGCCGGAAUGACUAUAUUGAAGCGAACUUCCGACCACACGGCCGAUGAUUUUGGUCGGAUUAUUGGAACAAAUUUGGAGGCACCUUUUCAUAUUUCUCAAUUGAGUUAUCCUAUGCUUAAAGCUUCUAAAUUAGGAAACAUUGUGUUUAUAUCCUCUGUGGCUGGCUCCAUUGCACUUCCUGCACUCUCUGCUUAUGCUGCAUCUAAAGGUGCUAUAAAUCAACUGACCAAGAAUUUGGCCUGCGAAUGGGCCAAAGACAAUAUUCGGACAAAUACUGUGGCACCUUUUGGCGUUCGAACAGAUACUAUCAAACAUCAACAUGAGGACACGGACCCAUCAAUUCUGGAGAUGUUUGGACCGAUAAUGGGCCGGACCCCACUGGGCCGGAUGGCGGAACCCGAAGAGGUGUCUUCGCUGGUGGCCUUUCUAUGCCUGCCGGCGGCUUCUUACAUCACCGGCCAGGUUAUUCAUGUUGACGGCGGCUUUACAGCUGGCAGCUACUAGCAGCAAUUUCAUUUUUUUUUCUCCAUUUUAAUUUUCUUUCCGUGUAAUUUAAGACUUACCACACUCUUUAUGUUUAAACUAUUUUCAUUAAAAAAAAAUUUGAUUUUUAUUUAAUUAAAUUUAAAUAAUCACCAUUAGUAGCCGACUGAUACAAUUAUUAUCUUCAAUAGCAAAACUUAUGAAUCUCUAGAGAUAUUAUUCGAGUAGAGUUUAAGCUUGUGAUAAAAUAACCAGCUCAGUUCAAGUUCGGCUUGACAAAAAGCUUAGUCCGAC